CGCUGUCAGACGAUGUCUGGCUGCGAUGGCCUGUCAUCGUUCAAAAGUAGCAAGCAAAGCAAGACACGAAGUUGUGUAAGGAAAUUCAAAGCCGCAUUAAAUCGCAAAAUUUUGGCAGUAAAAAGCACCCGGACUGGAUUAAAUUACCACCAAAAGUUGUGCUGAACAAAGAGAAGCAGUGAACUUCCGUGAAUAAACAGUGAGGACUGGUUCCGAAUCCCGCACACAAUGGCUGGUGCAAUGAUGUUCGAUCGCGCACAGUCGCUGCAGCUGAAUCGCCAGGAUUUGUCCACGAUUGCGGCCGAUCUGGAGGUGGACGAAAACGAUGAGGAGCAAAUCCGCCAGAAGGAGCAGAAGAUUCUCGAACUGGGCGAAGCGUACAAAAAGGAAGGCAAGGCCAAGGAGCUGGCCGAUUUGAUCAAGGUCACCCGCCCGUUCCUGAGCUUCCUGAGUAAGGCCAAGGCGGCCAAGCUGGUCCGGUCGUUGGUGGAUUUGUUCCUGGAUCUGGAAGCGGAAACCGGAAUCGAAGUGCAGCUGUGCAAAGAGUGCAUCGAAUGGGCCAAACAGGAAAAGCGCACCUUCCUGCGGCAGUCGCUGGAGGCCCGACUGAUUGCGCUGUACUUCGACACGGCCAUGUACACGGAAGCUCUCGCCCUCGGCAGCCAGUUGCUGCGGGAGUUGAAGAAGCUGGACGACAAGAAUCUGCUCGUCGAGGUGCAACUGUUAGAAAGCAAGACCUACCACGCGCUGAGCAAUUUACCCAAGGCCCGCGCCGCGCUGACCUCGGCCCGUACUACGGCCAAUGCGAUCUACUGUGCCCCGAAGGUGCAGGCCACACUGGAUCUGCAGUCGGGAAUCCUGCAUGCCGCCGAUGAGAGAGACUUUAAGACCGCCUUCUCGUACUUUUACGAAGCGUUCGAGGGCUUCGACAGUGUCCAGAGCCCGAAGGCCUUGACCGCCCUCAAGUAUAUGCUGCUGUGUAAGAUCAUGCUGGGCCAGAGCGACGACGUGAACCAGAUCGUCAGCGGAAAAUUGGCAAUCACCUACUCCGGCCGGGAUAUCGAUGCUAUGAAAUCGGUCGCCCAGGCUUCGCACAAACGCUCGCUGGCCGACUUCCAGGACGGUCUCAAGCAGUACAAGCACGAACUGGAGGACGACGUCAUCGUGAAGGCCCACCUGGGAACCCUGUACGACACAAUGCUGGAGCAGAAUCUGUGCCGCAUCAUCGAGCCGUAUGCCCGCGUCGAGGUUAGCUUCAUCGCCGAGCAAAUCGCCCUGCCCAUCGCCCAGGUCGAGAAGAAGCUCUCGCAGAUGAUCCUGGACAAAAAGUUCAGCGGCAUCCUCGAUCAGGGCGUCGGCGUGCUGAUUGUGUUCGAAGAAACACCGGUAGACAAAACGUACGAUACGGCCCUGGAGACGAUACAGCACAUGGGCAAGGUAGUAGACACAUUGUACCAAAAGGCUAAGAAAUUGACGUAAGUAUUCCUGCGGGGUAGCGGGAUAGUAGAUUCCCUUCUAUUUAGGCUUUUUUGUUUUCCGAUUUGUAUGAAAAAAAAAAAAUAUUCAAUUUGUCAAUCAUUUUGUCGUCUCUAUUACCCGUUAUCGUUGGUUGGUUCAUUUACAAACAAGAAUAUAUAGCAAAAAGAAACAAGUCCACUAGCUGCAGAAAAUAAAUUGCAAACUAACACAACUGAAAAGUGACGAAAUAAUCAAUAAUAAUUCGCAUCAAACGCUGAACCACUGGAAUGCAACACUAAUGACUGUAAGACUUUGAGUAAUAGACCGGAAACUAUGAUACUUAUAGCGUUAAAACAUUAAUCUACAACUUACGCUGUCUGAAGCAAAACAAAAAAAAAAGAUAGGAAGAAAAUAAGAUGAUUAAGAUGAAAAUCAAUAUGAGGAGGAAGGAUGAAACUCCAAACUCCCAGCUGAAUAAGACCAUCAGGAGGAGCAGUCCGCUGCAGAUUUGAUUUAGGAAGAACCUUCAAACCAUUAUCAAGUAAAUUAUUUCGUAAAAAUCUA